AGUAAUGCCUAUGAAUAAGUACUGUGGGAACGAAAUGCUUGAGGCGAAACAUCAAUUGCCCAGGGCUGAAUUCUUCUCCUGACUAACUGGUAAAGCAGAUCUGCAUUCAGUCCUUGAUCGCUGAAGAAAAGGUACUAUGUCCUUUAUCCAAGCUUUCCUGCAGCAGGCUUCCUUUCUGGGUGAACCUGACUAUGGUACUCAACAAACAAGUGGAGGUUUAAAGGGGGCUCCAGGAUUCAAUGCAUCUACAGAUGCUGCUGUCCUGGACAAAGCUAUCAAGGCUAAAGGUGUGGAUGAAGCAACCAUCAUUGACAUCCUGACAAAAAGAAACAAUGCACAGCGCCAGGAGAUUAAAGUUGCUUACCAAAAGAGCGUAGGCAAGCCCUUGGAAGAAUGCCUUAAAAAGGCUCUCUCUGGCAAAUUUGAAGAGGUUGUUUUAGCAUUGCUUAAAACCCCUGCUGAAUUUGACGCCUAUGAGCUAAAACAUGCCACAAAGGGCUUAGGAACAGAUGAGGAUACUUUGAUUGAAAUCCUGGCAUCAAGAAAUAAUAAAGAUAUCCGGGAGAUUAACAGAGUCUACAAGGAAGUUUACAAGAGUGAGCUAACAAAAGACCUAACAUCUGAUACAUCUGGUGACUUUCAGAAAGCUCUGGUUGCCCUUGCAAAGGGUGAUAGGAGUGAAGAUACCCGUGUUAAUGAUGAAAUCGUUGACAAUGAUGCCAGGGCCCUGUAUGAAGCUGGAGAAAAGAGAAAAGGGACAGAUGUCAAUGUGUUCAUUACUUUACUCACUACUCGCAGCUUUCUACAUCUUCAGAAAGUGUUUAUGAGAUACACCAAGUAUAGCCAGCAUGAUAUGAACAAGGCACUGGAUCUGGAGCUUAAAGGAGACAUUGAGAACUGUCUCACUGCUAUUGUGAAAUGUGCUUCAAACCGAGCCGCUUUCUUUGCUGAAAAACUCUAUAAAGCUAUGAAGGGUUCUGGGACACGUGAUAAAGACCUGAUCAGAGUUAUGGUUUCCCGGUCAGAAAUUGACAUGAAUGAAAUAAAGGCUCAGUACCAGAAACUUUAUGGAAAAUCUCUUCACCAGGCUAUUUUGGAUGAAACCAAAGGAGAUUAUGAAACAAUCUUGAUUGCACUGUGCGGAGGCAAAUAAACAUGAUGGGACAAUUCUCCAUUAAAAAGCACCUAUAUACUUCAACUGCAUAGGAAGAUGCUUUCAAACAUACUAUAUUUUUAUUACAGGUUUAUAAAUAUGAAACACUUAUGAAAUAAACUUAAGCAACCUUA